GUCAGGAACUGCACUGAGCCAGCUCUCCAUGAGUUCCCCAAUGACAUCUUCACGAACGAGGACAGGAGACAUGGAGCUGUGGUCCUGCACGUCCUUUGUGCCGUGUACAUGUUCUAUGCGCUGGCGAUCGUCUGCGAUGAUUUCUUUGUCCCUUCGCUGGAGAAGAUUUGUGAACGCUUGCAUCUCAGCGAGGACGUGGCUGGGGCGACGUUCAUGGCAGCGGGAAGCUCCGCUCCCGAGCUCUUUACGUCUGUCAUAGGUGUUUUUAUCACAAAAGGAGACGUGGGCGUUGGAACCAUUGUAGGCUCGGCUGUAUUUAACAUUCUCUGUAUUAUUGGCGUGUGUGGGCUUUUUGCAGGACAGGUUGUUGCACUGUCGUCGUGGAGUCUCCUGAGAGAUUCAAUCUACUACACCCUGUCUGUCGUUGCACUCAUUGUGUUUAUUUAUGACGAAAGAGUUUCCUGGUGGGAGUCCUUAGUCUUAGUGCUGAUGUAUGUCAUCUACAUCAUUAUAAUGAAGUACAACUCAACCAUACAUCACUGCUUUGAGAGGAAGACCAAAAACUCUGCAAACAUGGUGAACGGCUUAGCCAGCAACACGGAAAUGGACGACAACAGCAACUGCGACGCCACCGUGGUGUUACUAAAGAAAGGUAACUGUUCCAGAAAUUUCCACCGUAAAGCCUCGGUGAUCAUGGUUGAUGAGCUGCUCUCUGCCUACCCACACCAGCUUUCCUUUUCCGAGGCUGGGCUCCGGAUCAUGAUAACCAGCCAUUUCCCUCCCAAAACCCGGCUCUCCAUGGCCAGCCGCAUGUUAAUCAACGAGAGGCAGAGGCUGAUCAACAGCAGGACUUACACCAACGGUGAGUCUGAAGUGGCAAUCAAAAUCCCCGUGAAGCACGUGGUUGAGAACGGGACAGGCCCCGGGAACUCCGCGGAGCGGGGCGUGAACGGCGGCCGGCGGGACGAGGACGUGGCCGAGGCCGGGAACGAGACCGAGAACGAGGACAACGAGAACAACGAGAACGACGAGGAGGAGGAAGAGGAUGAUGACGACGAUGACCACGAAGGGCCGUACACACCUUUCGACCUCCCCAGUGGAAAGAUAGAAAUAUUGAAGUGGGUCUUCACAUGGCCUUUGAGUUUUGUCCUGUACUUCACUGUGCCCAACUGUAACAAACCCCACUUGGAAAAAUGGUUCAUGGUUACCUUUGCUUCUUCUACCCUCUGGAUUGCAGCUUUUUCUUACAUGAUGGUGUGGAUGGUGACAAUCAUUGGGUACACCCUGGGCAUUCCAGAUGUGAUCAUGGGCAUUACGUUCCUGGCAGCUGGAACCAGUGUGCCAGACUGCAUGGCAAGCCUUAUUGUGGCACGGCAAGGAAUGGGGGAUAUGGCUGUGUCCAACUCCAUCGGAAGCAACGUUUUCGAUAUUUUAAUUGGCCUGGGCCUUCCAUGGGCUUUGCAGACCCUGGCAGUGAAUUAUGGAUCAUAUGAGUUGAAAGCAUACAGUGGAGUCUUCUCAGGGAAGAUGUCGUCUUUGACAAUGAAAACCUGUUGUCUGGACAAAAGAGGAAGUUUCUUUAAGCUCAUUGACACAAUUGCCUCAGAAAUCGGAGAACUGAAACAGGAGAUGGUACAGACAGAUCUCACACUGGAAGAUGAAUCUGCUGAUUUGCGAAGUCUAAUAAAGGACAUGGAUAAUGUCUCUCCUGAGAAAAAUGAUGUAAAAAACUGUCCCCGGGACUCUGGAUAUGACAGCCUAUCCAACAAGCUGAGCAUAUUGGACAAGCUCCUCCACACUCACCCUGUGUGGCUGCAGCUGGGUCUGAAUGAUGCUGAAGCCAUGGAAAUUCUUCAGGCCCAGCCUCCUGGGAUAUUUCUGGUUAGGAAAUCUGCGAGACUGCAGAAGAAAGUCAUCUCUCUGCGUCUGCCCAGCGACUGUGGGUCCUGCCUGAGAGAAUUUGCCAUCAAAGAAAGUACAUACACAUUUUCCUUGGAGGGGUCUGGAAUAAGUUUUGCUGAUUUAUUCAGACUCAUUGCUUUCUACUGUAUUAGCAGGGAUGUCCUUCCAUUCACACUGAAGUUGCCUCAUGCAAUUGCUGCAGCAAAGACAGAAGCUGAACUUGAAGACAUUGCUCAGCUUGGACUGAACUUUUGGAGCUCCCUGGCUAACAGCAACCCCCUGGAUCCUUCACCUCCCUGUAGGCCUGUGCCUUUGGACAGUGCUCGUAAAGACUCGCGUCAGCUCUGCCUUAUAAAUGGAGUGCAUUCUAUACGAACCAGAACGCCCUCGGAGCUGGAGUGCAGCCAGACCAACGGAGCGCUGUGCUUCAUUAAUCCCCUCUUCUUAAAAGUGCACAGCCAGGAUGUCAGUGGAAGUCUGAAAAGGCAGAGCCCGAGAACUCCAGACGUGAAUGGCACGGCGAGGCCUCGCUCCCCCCCGCCCCGGCCGCCACCUCCUGCUAUUAAUAGCACCCUCAGGAGCCCGCAGCUCUCCAGGACUAUAAAGCAGGCGAGCAUGCCAGAAACAGCGAACCAUAAGAAAGAGAGAGGCUCGGAUUCGUUGCAGAGCAAGCCAGCCCCGAUUCCGCCUCCUCGGCUGAAGAAGCAGGCGGUUUGCUCCGAGGCAGAAGGGGGCCCGAGGGCGGCGGCCGCUCAGCCCGGCUCGGCGCGUGGGCCCGGAGCAGCAGCCGGGCUUCCAGGUGAAACCCCGCCCGAGCCCGCUCCCGCAGCUCCCAAAAAGACGGCGGCUACCACCUCUGAGUCACACAUCCCGUGGAAUGGAGGCAGGCAGAGACUGAGCGACAUGAGCAUUUCCACCUCCUCGUCCGACUCGCUGGACUUCGAUCGGAGCAUGCCGCUCUUCGGCUACGAGGGGGACACCAACAGCAGCCUGGAGGAUUUCGAGGGGGAGAGUGACCAGGAGAGCAUGGCACCCCCUUUGAAGCCCAAGAAGAAAAGAAGCAGUUCCUUUGUUCUCCCCAAGAUUGUGAAAUCUCAGCUGCGGAAAGUCAGUGGAGUUUUCAGUUCCUUCAUGACCCCCGAAAAGAGGAUGAUUAAGAAAAUUGCAGAGAUGUCCCGGGACAAGCGCACUUAUUUUGGAUGCUUAGUGCAGGACUAUGUCAGCUUUCUCCAAGAAAACAAGGAAUGCCAUGUUUCCAGCACUGAUAUGCUGCAAACAAUUCGUCAGUUCAUGACCCAAGUCAAGAACUACCUGUCCCAAAGCUCCGAACUCGAUCCCCCAAUCGAAUCACUGAUUCCCGAGGACCAGAUAGAUGUUGUCCUGGAGAAGGCCAUGCAUAAGUGCAUUCUGAAGCCGUUGAAGGGUCACAUUGAAGCAAUGUUGAAAGAGUUUCAUACCACGGAUGGUUCCUGGAAGCAACUCAAGGAAAACCUGCAGCUGGUGCGGCAAAGGAACCCUCAGGAACUGGGCGUGUUUGUUCCCACCCCAGACUUCGUGGACGUUGAAAAGAUUAAAGUCAAGUUCAUGACUAUGCAAAAGAUGUAUUCCCCUGAAAAGAAAGUCAUGCUGCUGCUGAGAGUUUGCAAAUUGAUUUACACUGUUAUGGAGAAUAACUCAGGGAGGCUGUAUGGGGCUGAUGACUUCUUGCCUGUGCUGACAUACGUGCUAGCCCAGUGUGAUAUGCUGGAGCUGGAUACCGAGAUCGAAUACAUGAUGGAGUUGCUGGAUCCAUCUCUGCUGCAUGGAGAAGGAGGCUAUUACUUGACCAGUGCCUAUGGAGCACUUUCACUGAUCAAGAACUUCCAGGAGGAACAAGCUGCCCAACUCCUCAGUUCAGAAGCCAGAGACACUCUGCGGCAAUGGCACAAGAGGAGGACAACUAACAGGACAGUGCCUUCAGUUGAUGAUUUCCAGAACUACCUUCGUGUUGCAUUCCAGGAAGUGACCAGUGGGUGUACGGGAAAGACCUUACUAGUAAGACCAUAUAUCACCACCGAAGAUGUGUGUCAGCUUUGCGCUGAAAAGUUUAAAGUGGACAAUCCAGAAGAAUAUAGCCUGUUUCUUUUUGUUGAUGACACCUGGCAACAACUGACAGAGGAUACCUACCCUCAGAAAAUCAAGGCGGAGUUGCACAGCCGUCCACAGCCCCAGGUCUUUCACUUUGUCUACAGGCGCAUCAACAGUGACCCAUAUGGGGCCAUUUUUCAAAACAGCAAUGACUCACCUUCUUAAAACCAGCCACUCAUCAUUUGAAUUUCUGUUUCUUGGUAACUGUUACAAACCUCUUUGUCGCUGCCUUCCUUAGGAGCUAAAACGUGUCUUAAACCGUAAAGCCUAGUAAAACACAUGCUGGCAUUUCUGGCAUUGCUUACAAAACCCAUGUUCUCAACACCAUGCACAUGGCCAGUUAUGCAGAAUAUUCCACCAGCAUGUUUGAGGGAAUAGCCCACGAGGCUACAUUUCUUGUACCACAGGCUCUUUUGCAGCAUAUGACACUGUGGCCCUUCACAGAUCUUUGCUGUAGUGUGCAAAAAUCUAUUUUCUUACACUCAUUGUUUAGCCAAAUGUCAUUUCGAUUUAAAUCUGCAUGCUAGACAAGUAUUUCAGUAAACUGGCUGGUAUGAGCUCAGUUUUGCCAGCAGGAGUUUGACAAGACUGUCCGAUGCAGGGCAUCAGUUAACUCAUAAUUACCUGGAUGAUUGCAUCCUUUUCUAAUUUUUUUGAUUACAGAAAAUCAUCAUGUUUAUAUAUAUAUAUAUUAUACAUAUAUAUAUAUCAUAGAAAUUUUAUAGCAGUUGCAGGUAAACUGUCAGGGUUGGUUUUUUAAAUAUUUUUUUAACUAUAAAGUAUUCUAUAAUUAUGCAUGUGAUUUUAACAUUUAAUAUACAAGAAUAAAUCUCUUGCUGGUUUUAGAGUAUUGCAUUAAAAGUAUAUGUGUUCUCUCUUCUUUCCCUGUUCCAGGAGAGCUCUUAUGUAACUUGUGUUAUGUGUAAGAAGAUUGUAGCAUCGGCACUGCCGAUUCCAGUGCCUUUACCUGAACUUGGUGUAUUGGUA